GUUGGACACCCUAACUCCCAGUCAAUUGUUCCUAACACACGGUCGCCUAUUGCUAUCCCGCCUUCUUGGACCAAUCAUGGACACUCUGCGUCAACACUCAACGAUGGCAUAAAAACUCUCCUCUUCGUCUCUCCCAAAGCUAUUCAACGGUUUUGUCUCAUUCGAGUUGAAGCACACUCCCGAAAUCCAAUUCGAUUUUUUCUGCUCGGCCUUCGAAAACCCUUAUCUUGACUUGUAACCUACUUUGAUCAAACUGCAAUCUGAAUAUCUGUGUCAUCACCAGCCCAAUCAUCGCGCACCCGACUAGCUCUCCAAUAACCAUUCGACCCCUUUGUCCGAUUCUAGCUACGGCACAAUCCCUGAACUAUCAUUUGAUACCGCUACUAGGCUUUCAAAAACAUUUACUUCGACUUUCAACGUACUUUGUCCAAAUUGCAACUUGACUAUUCGUGUGAUCCUUCACUUGAUCAAUACGCACCUCGACAGUUAACUUCACAGCAUUUGCAAACGACACACAUUCGGAUUUGUUUAACAAGAUCACCGUGACCAUGUCCAAAAUCUCCACUAAGAAUCAGUCCAACGCUCCCGUCAAGAAGUCGCACUCUUUCAUAGUCUCAAGUGUUUUUGAAGUGUCCAAAACCCUCGCCCCAGCAGAUAACCGUAACUACACGUACAGAGGGACUACUGUGGCUAUCACCUGCAGCGGCUGGGACGGCGACAACGAGCGUGAAUACGAUGGCGAUUUAAUCACAUACUGUAGCUUAAUGGAGGUUCCAAUGGACAAUCAUUGCUAUGCAAUCAAGGCAAAAAUGUUACCUAGCACCGAAUCCGCCGAUUACAAGCUUUAUUUUGAAGCUGAUCACAAAAUCCUUGUUGGGAAUUCCGACACGUUCGCUGGCGAGCUACACAACAACACUUCCGCUUCCGGAUUUGGAACAGUCUCCUCACGCCACGAACUUCCCGAACCAGACACGGACGACGUCACCCUUGCCUUUACCAUGAGCCAUGUAGACUACAAUCCUCAACUCCGUGAAAGCGUGGAGUUCGAAGUCGAAUAUCGGAUAAGGCCCUCAAUCAAAAUGAAAGGCUCACAAGUACUCAUUCAAGAUGGGAAGGAGACGUUAGUUCACGGCUUCAUCGUUGACUGGGACAAUGAGAACAACCGCUGGAUCGUCGAGGUCACGACGCUCAACGUUGCCAGCGGACAUGAGGCGCCCACCAAGAAGCGACAAAUGGCCGGUACCAAAGUCACUCCAACUGGUCGGAUUCGGCCGGCUAAACACGUCAGCACGUCUAGUCCUAGUACUUCGACCGCGGGGGGUUCCUUUGCCAACACUCCAACCAAAGGGAAGAAGCGUGCGCCGCCUCCAGAGGAAGAAGGAUAUUUUGACGAGGAGGGAAAUGUUGUGAUGACGCCCCCAGAGGCUCCUGAGGCGGGGCCAAGCACUUCCAAACGUGCGCCAGCCGGACGGGCAGCGAAGAAGUCCAAAGGAGCCUAACCAGUUCCGAAGGUGAUCUGUUUGCUCGGUUCUCUCCGAGUUUUAUCCAGUCCAGUUCUUGCACCCCCAGUUGUUUUCUUGAACAAGACGUAAUGUCUUCUAAGCUUUGUUUCAUUCCAAUUGCAAUGCAUGACCCAUGUGAUACUUUACGAC